AUGGACCAGAUGGAAGAAAAUAAGACGAUUUUUUUGUCCUCCCAGGUGACUCCAAGAACCGAGGCCCCCGUCAGCAGCGUGAGUAAUAGUUUGGAGAACGCACUGCAUACAUCAGCACAUUCCACGGAGGAGUCGCUACCCAAGAGGACUGUGGGGAAACACUCCAAAGUGAGUGUUGAAAAGAUAGACCUGAAGGGAUUAUCUCACAAAAAAAGUGAAAGAAAUGUUGAAUGUUCCUUUGAGGUCUUGUGGUCUGAUUCUUCAGUAACAUCAGUAACCAAAUCUUCCUCUGAAGUGACUGAAUUUAUUUCAAAGUUACCCCAGCUGUACCCUGAAGAAAAUCUGGAGAAGUUCAUUCCUUGCUUAGCUGGCCCAGAUUCCUUUUACGUAGAGCGAAACCACAUGGAUCUGGAAGCGGACCUGAGGUAUUUGGCUUCAUUACCUUCUCAUGUAUUAAAAAAUGACCACGUUAAGAAAUUUUUCAGCACUUCAUCUCCCACGCAACAGCUUCAAAGUCCAAGUCCUGGCACCCCUUCCCUCUCUAAAGUGGGUACCAUGAUGGGCGUGUCUGGAAGGCCUGUGUGUGGCGUGGCCGGCAUCCCCUCCUCUCAGAGCAGUGCCCAGCACCACAUGCCGCACUCGGCCAGCUCGGCCGCCUUGCCCCACUGCUCCCACGCGGGGGGUGCAGGCUCGGCGUUGGCCUACCGGGCCCAGAUGGACAGCUCGCCCGCCAUCCUGAUGCCCUCCAGUCUGCAGGCCCCUCAGACCCAGGAGCAGAACGGGAUCCUAGACUGGCUGAGGAAGCUGCGCUUGCACAAGUACUACCCUGUCUUCAAACAGCUCACCAUGGAGAAGUUUCUGAGCCUUACUGAGGAAGAUCUAAAUAAAUUUGAAUCCCUCACAAUGGGAGCAAAGAAAAAACUCAAGACUCAGCUGGAGCUGGAGAAGGAGAAGUCAGAGAAACGGUGCCUGAACCCCACAGCCCCACCCCCAGUCACCAGCAGCGGAGUGGCCCGCGUCCCCCCCACCAGCCACGUCGGGCCCGUGCAGACCGUGCGAGGCCCCCACGCUGCAGCGCUGCGGGUAGAAGUGGAGCAGCCCCCUCACCAGACGGCCCGGGAGGGCAGCUCCUCGGAAUGCUCCAGCUCCUCACCCAGCCCGAUGGGGGUGCAGGCCCGGGAAGAGAGCUCGGACAGCGCCGAGGAGAACGACAGACGUGUGGAGAUGCACUUGGAGGGCUCGGAGAAGGAGAAGCCCAUCAUGCUACUGAACCAUUUCGCUUCAAGUUCCGCCAGACCCACGGCCCAGGUUCUCCCGGUGCAGAACGAGGCAGGCUCCAGUCCGGCGGGCCACCACCCCCUCCCCCCCCAGAUGAUGGCCGCGGCCUCGCACCUGGCACCCAUCCGGAUGCUGAAUUCCGUGCACAAGUCCGAAAGGGGGGGCGCGGACAUGAAGCUCCUCCCGCCUUCCGUGCACUCGCUGCUGUCUCUAGAAGAAAGGAGUAAGCUCUCGGGACCAAGAGGCGGCAUCAAAGUGGACAAGAACUUCGGCCACACCGUGAUCGACGCAGCGCCCACGCCCACCCCCCAGCAGCCCCUGCAGGUGCUCUCUGCCCUGGCCGAGAGCAGCUCCGUGUCACCCACCGUCUCCUUCGGUCCCCGCGCCAAAGUCGUGCACACGGCUGCGCUGGACAGGGUGAUGAAGCCGGCGCCGCAGCCGGCCCUGGCGGGGGAGGCGAGCUCGGCUGCCGCGGGGACGUCGAGCGCCGUCUUCCACGUGGCCCGGCCACCCAUCAAACUUCUGGUGUCUUCGUCUGUGCCCGCGGAUUCGGCCAUUUCUGGGCAAACUCCCUGUUCGAAUAACGUGCAAAUAAGCGUGCCCCCUGCAAUAAUAAACCCCCGGACUGCCCUGUACACCAACACCAAAGCUGCCUUCUCUGCGAUGGGCAGUGUGCCCGUGGGGCCCCUGCAGGGCAGCUUCUGCGCCAGCAGCAGCACCGCCGCCUCCGGCAGCCACCCGCCCACGUCCUUCGCCAGCAUGGCCUCUGCGCCCAGCUGCCCCGCCCCCAGCUCCAGCCCCGCGCUC